AUGGCGCCUUUUUCGGGAGAUGGUGCGCUGUGGCUUUGUCUCGGUAUAUCACUAUUCUUUGCCGUGCGCGGCAUCGUCAACGACCUUCGCCAAGUGGUUGAUCUGACCGAGAUCAAGCAUAACGAGAGAGAAGAUAAGAUCAUUAACGAAGGUACAGAGGAUGUUCUCAAGUUAGAUACCCUUCUCAAGCUCUCCGAGAGCACGAGUCAUGACCUCCGAGCUGCAGCUUUGCGCAUCAUCUCAGAACGGUCAACAAAAGGCGAAACGCGCGACUUGCUCCUAGAGGACUUGAAUUGCAAAGACAAAGCCCGACAAGGUCGCGCGCUGACUGCUCUCCAUUUCUUAGUAUCUAACCGAGCUCUAUCUCGAACCUCUGUCUGUACUAGACUCCGAGAUGUCCCGACAUACACAGCCCUGAUUAACUGUCUCUGCAAUUUCCUGGACGAACACACCGAACAAACGUCUACAACACACUCGCCCGUCCUCCCCAAGACCAGACCCAUAGGGGAAAAAAAGGCCCUUCAUAUUUUGGAUAUCUUGCUACCAGAAAAUGUUGCUGGGGCGUUGGAAGCCGGUAUCGUCAGCCGGUGGCUCGCCAAAUACCCGUUCCCGUGUGCAUUGACCGAGCCAUCUCGGCGACAGGAUGCGGUUAUUCUCAUGAAAACAUGGUGGUCUGACGAUACAGUCAUGAGCUCUAUAUUUGGGACUUUGACACAGCACCCGGAUGGAAUCAAGCAGCUACGGAAGCAUGGUCUAAUGGGCAGCAUGAUCGAAGAGAAUGAUCAGGACGAUGAUGAUGAUGACGACGACGAUGACGAUGAAGACAGUGAUGUGUGGAUGGUGGAUGGAGAAGAUACAGCCGGUCCUCCAUUACGAGAGUCCUCUUCGAGGAGAUUCCAAGAAGGAAGCCCGGAAGAGCAAGCACUUCGCCGCCGACGGAGGGAAGCCAUGGUUCUGAGUGAAGGUGGACGGCCGCUUGGACGUGAUGAUAUCAUUCAACGACCGUUCCAAGAGGAUUGA